CUUUUGCAGGAAGUUAGGUGUGCGUAUGUUAUAUUGCUGAUGGGUGGUUAUUGGGUGACCGAUUGUUUUCCCAUGGCAGUGACAUCGCUUAUUCCAGUUGUCUUGUUCCCGGCUCUGGGUAUAUUAAGUACAGCGGAUACAUGCGCCUGUUACAUGAACGAUACAAUAAUGGUGUUCAUCGGUGGUCUGAUACUUGCCAUUGCCAUUGAACAUAGCAAUCUCCACCUUAGGAUCGCUCUCGGUGUCAUGAAGACAGUCGGCUGCAGCCAUGCAAAAUUGCUUGGUGGUCUAUGUGUGGUUACAACCUUUAUAUCCAUGUGGGUGUCGAAUACCGCAGCCACCGCUAUGAUGGUGCCCAUAAUAUUCGCUGUUUUACGCGAAUUGGAACAAGCUGGAUUGGGAGCAAUGUUUAAAACAGUAGAAACUGAUUUAGAAAGAUCAGACACUCCGCCCGAGAUAAGACCCACGAAAAUAACAAAGGCGUAUCUGUUGGCGGCGGCUUACUGCUCGACAUUUGGUGGUACCGGAACAAUAGUGGGAACUGGCACAAAUCUUACAUUCAAAGGAAUCUAUGAGAGUACAUUUCCUGAGGCUGAAGGAAUUAGUUUUACUGAUUGGAUGGUAGCAUCUUUUCCUCAAAUGGUCGUCAAUUCCUUUCUCACGUGGUUAUACGUGCGUAUCGCCUUUUUGGGAUACCUGAGACCGCGUAGUAAAGACGCUCAGAUGGCUACAAUUGGGAGAGAAGGUGAAGCCAUUACAAAUCAAGUUAUUCAACAGAGAUACAAGAAUUUGGGUCCUUUAACUUUUCACGAAUUUGGAGUAGCCGCCUUAUUCUUUUUAUGCGUAUUUCUUUGGAUAUUUCGUAAACCCGGCUUUAUUCGUGGAUGGUCAGAAGUGAUUACUGAUGUAGAUGUCAGAGAUUCAGUGCCGGUGAUAUUCGUUUCCAUCCUGAUGUUUUUCAUCCCGAAGGAUCCUAGCUUUCUUCACAGUUUCAGUCAAGAUCCUGCUAAAAAACCGAAAAAAUCCUCGGAAGGUUUAAUAACGUGGAAAGCAAUUGAGACCAAGAUGCCAUGGAGUCUGAUGUUCCUGUUGGGUGGUGGUUUCGCAAUCUCGAGAGGAAGUGUUGCAUCUUGUAUGGCAAAACGAGUUGGUGAAGCUCUGCUACCGCUUCGUUACUUACCACCUAUUCUAAUACUUGCCGUGGUAUGCCUCUUCCAAGGCCUUUUAACAGAGUUUACUUCAAAUGUGGGCGUCGCGAAUAUCACUCUACCAGUGAUAGCGCAGAUGUGUGUGGCUAUGGAAAUACAUCCUAUGUACUUGAUGAUACCAGCUGCACUAAUGUGUUCGUUUUCGUUCCGUUUGCCAGUUGGGACACCACCAAACGCGAUUAUAACAGUUGCAGGGUACAUUCCGACCAGUUGGUUGAUUGCCGGAGGCUGUGCACCUGCAAUUUAUAGCUUAAUAGUGGAAGUUAUUUUGUUUCCAACGUGGGGUGUUUUUAUUUAUGGAAUUAAAGAAUUUCCUGAUUGGGCUAAACGUAUUUACAUGGAGAACAACACAAACGUACACUGUAGUAAUUAAUUGAAAGCAAUAGUUUAAGUUAUGCAAAAAUUAAAUUCUAAUUUUCCUUAUCCAGUUUUUUCUGCAAAAUUCUGAGUCUCAUUAAUGCUCAUACAUAUAUUACAUAUAUUAUAUUGAAGGUAUUAAUGUAUUAUACUUUACAAACCAAUACAUA